AUGGACCAGCAGCACCACCAGCCGAGCCCUGCCCGGCCGCUCAAGCGCCUCGAGCCCGACUCUGCCCCCUCGCCGCCCGUGGGCCAUGACCCGCUCCUCGACCCGAUCGCGUCCACCUCGUCGGCGCACCUCGCCCACCACCACCACCAGCACGACGCCCAGGGCUCGUCCGGCCCGCCCUCGGUCAAGCGCAAGAUUACCCGCCGCCGCCAGGUCUUUUCCUGCCGCGCCUGCACCACCAGGAAGAUCCGGUGCGAGCGCGAGGGUGGUCCAGGGACGCCCUGCAAGGCGUGCGAGAAGCGCGGCGAGUCGAGCUCGUGCGACGCCGGGUCGGCGAUCGCCUCGUCGUCGUCGUCGCACCCGACGCCCGGCAGCAGCAACGGCCUCGGCGGCGGCGGCGGCGGGCCUCUCGUCGGCGGCGGCCUCGGCGCCAGUGGCGGCGGCGGCGGGAGCGUGACAGGCGGCGGUCUGUGCACCGACAGCUGCGCCGAGCACCGCGACGACCUCGAGCGGCGGGUGCAGGCGCUCGAGGCGAGCCUCGCCCUCGGCGGCGGCCACGGUCAGCGCCCUCGGUCCUCUCGCAGCGCUGCGAGCGCCAACGGCUUCCGCUACAGCGCGUCGCAGCCGCCCUACACCGACGGGCCCGACUCGGAGACCGAGGACGCCGCCAUGACGCUCGAGGACAUUGCCGUCAACGUGCGCAUCGGCCAGCCGCACCAGCCGCGCCGCACCAACGGCCCCGCACCACCCGUCGCAAGCUCGUCUGGCCCCGUCGCGAGCACGAGCAGCGCGGCGCCGCUCCCGGUCGCCGCCGCACCGCCGCCGCCGGGCGGGUCGCGCGAGCGCGCGUCGCUCCUCGGCCCCGAGAUCUCGAGGCGGUACCGCGGCGUCCUCGCCGACCUGUACGCGACGCUCCCGAGUCAGGCCAAGAUGGACUGGCUCGUGAGCAGCUAUGUCGGCUCGUUGAGCUGGUUCUGGGUUGCCCACCACGCGCCGACGUUCCUCGCCGAGUACGACGCGUUCCGCACGCUGCUGCAGGAGGGCAAGCAGUUCGAGGUCGACCCGCUGUGGCUCGCGGUCCUCUUUCUCACCCUCGCCCACGCCGCCAACUCGCUCGACUACGUCCCGCCCGGGUCCGACUUUACCGCCGACGAGCUCACGACGAUGGUGCCCGACUACUUCGAGGCCGGCCGUGCCGCCCUCGACUGCGGCGACGCCAUGGGCGUCGCGCGCCUGCGCUCGAUCCAGGCCGUCAUCCUCCUCGGCCCGCUCGCGCUCAACUCGGGCGACCCGGGCCGCGUCGACGUCCUCCUGCCCUACGUCGCCGCCAACGUCCGCGUCGCGCAGCAGCUCCGCCUCGACAAGCUCGGGUCGGACCCGACGACGAUGCCGCCCGAGGACCCGGCCCUCCCGUCGGGCAAGAACACUCUCCGCAGGGAGGUCGCUCUGCGCCUCUUCCACGCCCUGCUCCACCUCGACCAGGUCAUCUUCCGCCACAGCCCUGUCCUCCCACUUCAUCUCGUGUCGUGCUCGAUGCCGGGCAACUACGACGACAAAGACCUGCGCAGCGACGCCAUCGUCCCGCCUCAGCCGCCGAGCGUGCGCACGAUUGCCUGCUACGAGACGCUCCGGUUCCGGGUCGGCAUGGUUCAGCGAGCGUUCCACGAGACCGUCAUCCUCGACCCGUCGUACGAGUACUCGACCGUGCUCAAGAACGACACCGAGCUGAGGAAUCUCAUCGCCGAGUACGACCUCGAGCGGCCAAAGCCCAACGAGCCGACGACGCUGUUCUGGGCCCGCAUCUUCUCGCUGCAGAACGUCAACAUCCGCCUCAUCCGCUUUCACCGACCUUUCAUGUCGCGCGGCUACCGCGAGCCCGCCUUCCGCCCAUCGACCGACGCCGCACUCGCCGCUGCACGCAUCGUCCUCGAGACGCAGAAGGAGCUCGACCGCACCUCGGCGCCGCUCGUCAAGGACUGCUACCAGCUCAAUCACGUCCAGGUCGCCGUCGUCGUCCUGUUCCUCGACAUCUGGACGCACCACGACCCAGAGCGGCAAGUCCCGACGGCCGACUACCGCCUCGUGUCCGACUCGACCCUCGCCUUCCACCGCGCGCUCGGCUCGGUCCGCCCUCGAGUGCGCACCGUCGCGCGCCAGAGCCUCCUCGUCAUCCAGUGCCUGUUCGAGGCGCUGCACGCCCGCACGCCCAACGGCCGCAAGGAGCCGUUCGGCCAGCUCCUCAAGCGCGUCAGCGUCGCCGUCACCGAGGCCGAGCGGCGCGUCGCGGCGCAGGCGGGCGCACCGGGCGCGCAGACGGCCGACGGCACGUUCGCGUACGCGCACCAGGUGGCGCUGCCGGCGCCCGACCCGAGCACGGGCGACGGCCGCAGCUUGCUCGUCGACGCGCCGUACUAUGCGGCGCAGAGCGCGGGCACGCCCGGGUUCGCCGGGUCGCCCAACGAGGUGCACUUUGGCGACGUCGGCUCGGCGUGGGGCUUUGACUGGAUGUCGUUGCCCGAGCUGUGAGGGCGCAGGACGACUCGGAGCAGGUUCGAGCCCAAGGAGGCUCGAGGCGGCAGCGUCUUGUUCCCGUUCUGCUCGGGUACUUCUUUGUCGUGCACUGCAUCGUCGUUGCCUCUGUCCAACCU